AUGCAGGCUCAGGCUAAGUUCGACCUGAAUCGCGCCAGAGAGGCCUUGCGAUGGAUAUAUGCUGUAUUGGGUACAGACCAUGAGGAGAUCAAGGACCAACUGGAUUUUUCCGCGCUUCUAAAAGAUGGAGUCACCAUUUGCGAGCUCAUCAAUGCUCUUCAGCCGGGAACCGUGAAAAAGAUCAACACCAUGAAGGCUCCAUUUAAGCAGAGAGAAAACGUGGAAAUGUUUCUGAAGGGAUGUGAAGCGUACGGAUUGAAAUCUCAGGAUCUGUUUCAAGUGAACGACCUCUACGAACACAAGAACCUGUACAUGGUGGUGGAUUGCAUCUACGCCCUCGGAGGGAUGGCGCAAAAGAAGGGAUUCCCGGGUCCCCAAAUUGGAGUGAAAGUGGCUGAUGAGAAUCGGCGGGAAUUCACGCAAGAGCAACUGGCAGAGAGCAAUCGAAUCAUCGGUCUGCAAUACGGGAGCAACAAAGGGGCAAGCCAGGCCGGGAUGACCGCAUACGGGACCACCCGACAGAUCCUCCCAGAC